CCCCCGGCCAGUUUGUGUAAAUUAUGCAACAAGAGGGUUUAUGAAAUGGAGAAGAUCACAGCCGACCAGCUCGUUUUCCAUAAGUCUUGCUUUAAAUGCACUCAUUGUUCUAGGGUUUUAAGCUUAGGAAAUUAUUCAGCCAUAAGGGGCCAGUACUACUGCAAGCCUCAUUUUAUAUCUCUCUUCAAAGUCAAAGGUCAUUAU